AAUAGCAUAGCCAAAACAUCUGUACUAAAAGAGUGCUUAAUUUUUUUGAAAUAGUAACCCCGUACAUUGCAACAUAUUCCCUUUAGGAAUGGCUUCGAUUAUUAUCUUGAUUUUAACCAUAUUUUUAAGUUCCAGAACUUUGGGAGCCACAUCUCGUGGUGACCUCUUUGAAGCUUCUUCCAUGGAGAAACAACAUGAGCAUUGGAUGACUCGAUUCCAACGUGUUUACUCUGAUGAAUCCGAAAAAAGAAAUAGGUUUGAUGUCUUCAAGAAGAAUUUGGAGUUUGUCAAGCGUUUCAACAUGAAUAAGAACAGACCAUACAAGUUGGAUGUCAACGAGUUCUCUGAUCUCACCGAUGAAGAAUUUCAGGCGACACACACGGGACUAGUUGUGCCUGAGGCCGAGGAUAUAAAUGGAAUUUCAAAUUCGGAUUCUGAAAAAACAGUAUCAUUUAAAUAUGGGAAUGUUAGUGUUGCUAGCGAGAGCAUGGAUUGGAGACAAGAAGGUGCCGUCACACCCGUUAAGUAUCAAGGCGCAUGCGGAGGAUGCUGGGCAUUUUCCACCGUGGCUGCAGUGGAAGGCAUUACAAAGAUUACUAAAGGAAAGCUUGUAUCGUUAUCAGAGCAACAACUCUUAGACUGCUCCACAGACUACAAUCAAGGAUGUCGCGGAGGGAUAAUGUCGAAAGCUUUCGAGUACAUAAUCAAAAACCAAGGAAUCACCACCGAGGACAACUAUCCAUACCAACAAUCACAACAAACUUGUCGCUCAACCACCCAAUCAUUGGCUAUCCUGGCUGCUACAAUCAGCGGAUACGAGACAGUUCCAAUGAAUAACGAGGAAGCAUUGCUAAAAGUCGUGUCUCAACAGCCUGUUUCUGUGGGGAUAGAAGGGAUUGGAUCAGCGUUUAGGCACUACUCGGGUGGGAUAUUCGAUGGAGAGUGCGGGACACAACUGAAUCACGCGGUCACGAUUGUUGGUUAUGGAAUGAGUGAAGAAGGGACUAAGUAUUGGGUGGUGAAGAACUCAUGGGGAGAAUCUUGGGGAGAAGAUGGUUACAUGAGGAUCAAAAGAGACGUGGAUGCAUCCCAAGGAAUAUGUGGUUUGGCCAUGUUUGCUUUCUAUCCAUUUGCUUGAAUAUAUGUAGAGGUUGAUGAGUUUGCUUGAAGUAAUUGAUAAUAAUCAAAUUUAAUAAUCUUAUAAAACAUUAUGGUCCCCUCGUUUUCGUGCAAAUGGAUUUGACCUUUUUGAUCU